AUGACCGACUCCCAUCCAUCUUCACCCAAUAUGAGUGAGCAGAAAACCAACGAGGUUUUGAAGAAUAUCAAAAAUAAACAGCGCAGGCAGAAAGUGUUUGCUGCGCUUCAAGCAGAAAAAUCCAAGGAGAGACACAAGGCUCGUGCAGCAAGAGCAAAGGAAGAACGUCUGAAUCCACAGCUUAGAGAGGAACGUCUAGCAGCCAAUGUACCGGAGACCAUUGAAUCGAAACGAGUUUUCGAUGAAACCAUUGCCGCAGAAGUGGAAGGAGAAGAUGAGUUUUUUGAGUUGUUCAACCGCACCCAGAGAGACCCAAAGGUGCUCAUCACCACCAAUGUCAAUGCCAAGAAGGCUGCGUACGAGUUUGCAGACAUCUUGACGGAGUUUGUGCCCAACGUGACGUUUGUCAAGAGAAAGAGAGAAUACAACAUGAAGGAGAUGGCCAAGUAUUGUACCAACAGAGACUUUACUGAUCUUAUAGUGAUCAAUGAGGACAAGAAGAAGGUCAACGGCCUAACAUUCAUCCACUUGCCUGAGGGGCCUACGUUCUACUUUUCCGUGACAUCGUUGGUGACUACUGACCGGAUCCGUGGGCACGGAAGAGCCACGUCGCACAUUCCUGAGCUUGUGCUCAACAACUUCAACACGAGGUUGGGUAAGACUGUGGGCAGGUUGUUCCAGGCAAUUUUCCCUGCGCAGCCGGAGAUUCAGGGUAGGCAGGUACUCACGCUCCACAACCAACGUGACUACAUUUUUUUCAGAAGACAUCGUUAUGUAUUUAAGAACGAAGAAAAGGUGGGGCUCCAAGAGUUGGGUCCACAGUUUACGUUGAAGUUGAGACGGUUGCAGAAGGGCAUCAAGGAUGAGAUCGAAUGGGAGCAUCGUCCAGACAUGGAGAGAGACAAGAGAAAGUUUUACCUUUGA